AUGUACACUUUCGCAUUUGUGUACCAAACUGUCAAACUCGAAGCAACUUCUGAAGAAAAUGUAAAAGACAUGACGUCCCACAAUAUUCCAGCCAAAGCGUCUGCGAGUCAAAAAUCAAUGCGCCAAGGACUCAUCAUGUUGAAGAUAUUGAUGACCUUGCCUGUUCUAUUUGCUCUUUUGAGAUUCACUGGAGUUAGUGGUGGGCCGCUUGGGUAUGGAAUAUGCCAGUCCGGGUGUCAGCGGCGUGUUAUGCCGCUGCCGAUGGGGUCUUUGGUGUUGCCUCGAUUCCUGGGUGCAACUCUGCGCUGGGAACGUGCAUGGCUAGUUGUGUUGCAGCUGGUUUAA